GGAGAUUUAUUAUAAAUUUUUCCAAUAAUAUUUAGUAUUAGGUUAUAAUUAGAAUGUAUCGAUGCUGAGCCUUAAAUUUUGAGUGUGAAAUUAUGUUUUAAUCUCAGCCGUCAGUGAGAACCUUUACUCCGUCAGAUCAGUUCCCUCCCAUAUCUAAUCUAACUACAGACUCCUAUAUUUAGGGUUCGCAAGACUCCAACAGGUGAAAAGCGGCAGAACUUAUCCGAGUGCAUUCAGUCGCAGCAUUUCUACAGUCAUGGCUACCCAGAUGAGCAAAAAGCGAAAGUUUGUAGCGGACGGAGUGUUCUUCGCCGAGCUGAACGAGGUCUUGACCAGAGAGCUCGCUGAGGAUGGCUACUCUGGCGUUGAAGUUAGGGUUACGCCUAUGCGGACGGAGAUCAUCAUCAGGGCUACUCGUACUCAGAACGUUCUUGGUGAGAAGGGACGAAGAAUUAGAGAACUAACAUCUGUUGUUCAGAAACGUUUUAAAUUUCCGGAGAACAGCGUUGAGCUCUUUGCGGAAAAAGUCAACAACAGAGGGCUUUGUGCUAUUGCUCAGGCAGAAUCUCUGCGUUACAAGCUUCUUGGGGGGCUUGCUGUCCGCAGGGCUUGCUAUGGUGUACUUAGAUUUGUGAUGGAGAGUGGUGCAAAGGGAUGCGAGGUUAUUAUUAGUGGUAAGCUCAGGGCUCAGCGUGCAAAAUCCAUGAAAUUUAAAGAUGGAUACAUGAUAUCUUCUGGUCAGCCUGUUAAAGAAUAUAUUGAUUCAGCAGUGAGGCAUGUGCUUCUUAGACAGGGUGUUCUUGGUAUCAAGGUCAAGAUAAUGCUUGAUUGGGAUCCCAAAGGUAAGCAAGGCCCCACAACGCCACUACCUGAUUUGGUCACAAUCCACCCACCCAAAGAUGAAGAAGAAUAUGGAUAUGAAAGGCCCUCUUCAUUUGUGGCAACAGAAAUACCAGUAGAAGUAGUUGCUGCAUAGAUUGUUAUUCUCUUGCUAUUUUAAGAUUGCACAUUCGUGUCUAGGGCUGAGUUAAAUACGUCUGUCUGUAGACGUUUCCUCUUUAUAGUUAUUCUUAUUUGUUUAAUUUUGACUUGGUCUGUUGUGGUUGUCUAAUUUUACUUGAGACAUCAUUUUAAACCAGUAGGUGUGCUCGAUGGAUUAUCCAUUUAUGAGCAAAAUCUUAGUGUGUCUCCCAUGAGAUUGUAUAGGCUCCAGGGCACUUAAUUUUAGGUCAAAUUCAUGCAAUAUUUCAUUGCUGAUGGUCUGAUUGUCCUUGUAAUAAUUUUCAGUAUGUUGUAGAAAAGGAUAAGUUAUUCAUACUUGACACUUGUGGGACAA